AUGCCGCCGAAUCAUGCCCUGGCGGCCGAAGCCCUCUCCAUGUCCUCCACACCCGACUCCGACCGCACAUCCUCUCCAGAAUCUGCAAGAGGCACUUCAUGGGCACCGCGGCCGGGCAGGAUAACACCAUCGCGCCGCCUGUCCUCGCGCGUCGGACACUACACGGCGCCCUCGACGUCCACGCCCGACAGCUUCCCGGCCCGCAUCCUCCAACACCUCGAGACCAUCGGCCGGCAGGCCUGGAUUCUUUUCCUGCGGCUGCCCCGGAUCCAACAAGCCGCCGUUGUGCUGGCCGCGGUCGCCGUCCCGAUCGUCUCGAUACUGUUUCUCAUAUACAGCCAUGCAAUCUUCACCUGGCUGGGGCCCAUCGCCAAGGCCUGGCGGGACCUGCCGGGCGGGUGGCUGAUUAUCUGGUUCAUGGCCUUCUUCAGCGCCUUCCCGCCGCUCUUUGGGUACAGCACCGCCAUGACGCUGUCGGGGAUGGUGUACGGGUUCCCGCUGGGCUGGCCCAUCGCCGCCUCGGCCACCGUGGUGGGGUCGACCUGCGCCUUCAUCGCAAGCAGGGGCGUCUUGAGCAGAUAUGUGCAUAACCUCGUCGGUAAGGACAGGAGGUUCGUCGCGCUUGGUCAGGUGCUCAGGAGGGAUGGGCUGUUGGUUCUCACGGGCGUGCGGUUCUGUCCGCUGCCGUACAGCCUGAGCAACGGGUUCCUGGCGACGAUUCCGAGCAUCACAACCGCAAACUUUGCGAUGGCUACGGCUUUUGUCAGCCCCAAACUCCUCAUCCACGUUUUUAUCGGCCACCGCCUAGGCCUCCUCAUCGAGGAGGGCGACACCAUGUCGACCAGCGACAAGCUCAUAAACUACGCGGGGAUGGCCGCGGGAGGUUUGGUCGGCGCGAUCGUGGGCCUGGUGGUGUACCGGCGCACGAUGGCACGGGCGGCGGAGCUGGCGAGGCAGGAGAACGGGGGCGAGGACGGCACGGGCGGCGGGGAGGAUUACGUCGGUGCCAACGCCGAGAACGCGAGGCUCAUGUCUGCCGUGCUGGACGAGACGGACGCGGCGGCGCUUAUGGACGACGACGACAUCUCACUCUGGGGCGAAAACGAUUAUGAGACGGACCAAAGGGGGGUCUCGGAUAAUGACGCCGAGACACGCGGCAAUGGGAUCAAGACGUCAAACGGGUCUACCAACGGCAGGUAA